UUUAAUUCCUGCCGGUCUCCAGCUGUUGGCUUCGAGGAGUGCUGCUGUGAUUCACAGCUGUAGAUCUUCAGUUCUCUCCACGGUCAGGGAUGCUGACGGGUCAUGUCAAGAGAAGAGGCGAGUGGAACCUAAGUACUCCUGAACUUUUCUUCUCUUGGACAGUAUAGCUACUAAAAAUCUGAAGACCUUGCUGCUCAAGAGUGUUCGUCUCAUCCUUCUAUAAGAAACUGAUUAACUCAUAGUAUUAAAUCGCUUUCGGCGGACAUUGACGGGUCAUCAUAAAAUGUUUCCAGAGAGAGGAAGCUUGACUUUUCUCACUGGGGUUUUGAUCGUGGCGUUAUCAUGUGAAGCGAGAGGUCCUCCAUGGGUGAGUCGUCAGGUAGAGGACAGACAGACAGCAAAACUGGGCCGCACGGUUCGACUUCCAUGCCCGGUGGAGGGUGACCCCCCUCCGCUGGUCCUGUGGGUGAAGGAUGGGCGGAACGUGAAUCCAGGCUGGAGCCGCUACAAGGUUCUGAAGCAGAGUCUGAAGAUCAAAGAAGUGGAACUGGAGGAUGCCGGCGUGUACAUCUGCCGCGUCACCAAUGGAUUUGGCAGCCUCGCCCUCAACUUCACACUCAUUGUAAUUGAUGAUGCAGCUGUGACUCAGAACCAGCCUCCGCCAGACGCAGCAGAACCUAACGCAGAUCUUACCCUACAGGACCCUACCGGAGAGCCAUGGGUGAAGCCACGCUUUACUCAGCCCACAAAGAUGCGCAGGCGUGUGCUUGAGCAGCCUGUCGGCAGCUCGGUGCGUCUCAAGUGUCUGGCCAGUGGCAAUCCAACACCGGUCAUUACAUGGUGGAAAGACCAGAGCCAGCUGCCCAACCCUCACCAGAGUAAACGGCCACAGUGGACACUGACUCUGAAGAACCUGCAGCCUCAGGACAGUGCCAAAUAUACCUGUCACGUCUCCAAUGCAGCUGGCCAUAUCAAUGCCACCUAUAAAGUGGAUGUAAUUGAGCGUACAAACUCCAAACCCAUUCUGACAGGUACCCAUCCUGUUAACACGACUGUGGAGUUUGGUGGAACAGCUUCUUUCCAAUGUAAAGUCCACAGUGAUGUAAAGCCUGUGAUACAGUGGCUAAAGAGAGUCGACCCAGGCACAGAGGGGCGUUAUAACUCCACGCUGGAGGUAGGAGGCCAGCACUUCGUGGUGCUGCCCACUGGGGACGUGUGGUCCAGACCUGACGGUUCCUACCUCAACAAGCUGGCCAUCGUCAAGGCACGCGACGAAGAUGCUGGAAUGUACAUCUGUCUAGGAGCGAAUACCAUGGGCUACAGCUUUCGCAGCGCCUACCUCACCGUUCUCUCAGAUCCCAAGGUGGAUAAGGACGUCAUUCCCCGUCACAUUAGCCCUGGUCUUCCCUGGCCGCUGAUCAUUGGGAUCCCAGCUGCUGCCCUGCUCAUCGUAGGAGCCAUCGUGCUCUGGUUGUGCCACAGCCGCAGACGCCAGAGCGCUUUGCCUCCCCGACCGACAGCCUAUCGAGACCACCACAUUCCAGACAAGGAGCCCAGCACGGCCAGCGGCAUCAACCCUGACCUGCCCAACCAGAGACUAAUGGGAAUGGGGCCCCCAGCUCUCAGCGGUCCGCCAAAGAUUUAUACCAAGGUCUACACAGACAUGCACACUCACACCCACACACACUCCCAUGCACACAUGGAGGGGAAAAUACACCAGCAUUUCCAUUACCAGUGUUAACAGGUUACCAUCAGGUAACCCAUGCUGCUGCCUCUGUUCUCAUGAGCUAAGGGCCACCACUCGAGGACCACAACCGUACUGUUCUGAUGGAGCCCAUUUACCUUGAAAUGUCUCAGGUCAAGGAAAAUGUCUCACACUCAGUAGAGCUGCAGUGGACCUCAGUUUUCCUUUAGGUUCUUCGGAGUUCAAAAUCAAAUAACACUGAAUCAAAGCAACCCGAGCAAGUGCUAACAAUCCAAGAACAAUACUUGGACCUUUUUGCUAUUCAAAAGCCAAGCAUUACACAGGAAGUAGAGUGGAGAUAUUUUAUAUUUGGAGAAACUGUGAUGAUCUGCGUUAAUCAUACUGGUGGCCCUGUUUACAAUGUGUUCUGUCAGUAAAUUAGCAAAGAUGUGGUGUUUUUUCUUUUUCUUGUUUGUUUUUGUUUUGCAACAAUAUAUUGUGAAGAAAUUAUGCAAGGAAAUGUCAGGGAAAAGAGAUGGAUGAGUAAAUGGAAAGGGGGUAAGGGCUUCUGUUGUAUUACCAUUAAAAGGUACUUUGUGUGUAUGUAUUCAGCUCAACUUUCUGAUGACUGCAGUAUUACGUAAUGUACGAUCUCUCUUUGUCAAUUCAGUCUCACUGUUUGCUAAUUACAGUUGAGGAAGCUAUUUUAUUUCAAAUUCAUUGUGUAUCAUUUCAACUUACAGAUGAGCUGUAAACAUGGCAUUGCUGUUUGAUGAUAAUAUAUUUUAAGACUCCACCAAAAGCUAGUCAGCAGGGUCUUUAGAAACCCCUUGUGAGCCGAUAUACAAAUCUAUUUAAAAUCUAUAAAUGUGACAACAUGUUUAUCUGAGAUACUGCAUGCUGCGAUUUUUACUUUGGUGCUCAUGUAAGUGUGUUUUAAUGAUAUUUUUGUAAGAAAUAAAUAAUUUUCUAUUUUACGUUUACAGUUUGACCCCCAAAAGCUUGCGUAUUUUCAGUGGGAAUUGAGCGUUGGAUGCCACCGCAGUGGCUGUUGACUCUCCUCACCCUCCCUAACACGGCCUCAGACCACUGUUAGUUCAACAGGCUGAGGAAUGCAAUGAGAAAAUCAAGUUAUUCUUUUCGACACCAGGAAAGGAGGGAAAUAUUCCCAGCAGGAUUUGAUGGGUAUUAAUAUUCGGAUAGGGUUACAAAGAGGGGGCUACAGUUCUUAAGGCUGUUUCCUCUGUGUUCCCUGUGGAUGACAAAAGCGAGAAAAACUCUCUGGCAACACCAAACGCCCCAGAGGUGAGCGCUGACUGAGCACUGGACAUUUGAACUUUUACAAGAAAAAAGAGAAGGGGUUAGACUGUUUAAAUGUAAUGG